CGAUUCUGCUCUUCUUCUCCUUUCUUCCCACUGCAGCCACUCGAAAGAAAAAAAAAAAGGGGAACCCAGCCAUGCUUGGAAAACUAGUGAGAAAGCUUGGAUUUCUCCUUCCUUUCUUGCUCUAGAACACACCUAGAACCCAGAAAUCUUCCCCCCUGCUGGAAAAGCCGGAUCUGCCCUGCUCUGCUUUGUCCUUCCGCCGGCUGCUCCUGCUUUGUGGGGGUGAAUUGCUCGGUUUUUUGUUUGAAUUUGUGAUAGUCCGAUAUUAAUUGUGGAUAUUUUGAUUAGGUUCCCGAUCGUUCUGUCAGUUAGUGCGUGAAUUGAGUGCUCGGUUUUGUGCGAGUGAGGUAAGUAAUUUAUGGUAAUGCCCGUACUGUUUUAAAAGCAUGUUUUGAUUUGUUUUUGAAGUGGUGGCGGGACUAAACCCGUUUUACACUAGUAUGACUGAUUUAAAGUGAAAUGUUUUAUGCUUUUCAUUAAAUUGAGCAUGCCUACUUGAAAUUUAAGUGACUGUCCUGAUGAUCUGAAAGUGAUUGUGAAUUGUGAUUUUCCUGUUAACUUUUGCCUAUUUUGUCUCCGAUGUGGUCAUGUUAUUCGUGACCUUGCUAGUGGGGGAGGUUACAAACGCUAGCACAUGUCAACAUGUUAGUGAGAGAGCCGGUUCGUUCAACCCAGCUAGUGGGGGUUAUACACCAGCAAAUAGUGGCCCUGCUAGUGGGGAUUAUACACUGGCCGUGACCUAUAGAGGAGACGUCUAUUUCGUUCCCGUACUGUAUCCGUUUUGCGUGAUUGCACAUGUGGCAUGCUAUAAGUUUAAUUAAGGGCAAUCCAUAUUUACUUACUGAGUUUAUCUCAUAGUUUUUUCUUGUCCACCAUUUCAGGAAGUGAAACCAAGGACGGGGAAACCACGGGAAGUGACGAGUUAGAAGGCUAGCCAUAUUGUAAUUGGAUAUGAAUUUUAGAAACAAAUCAUGAUCUUGUAUUUGGAGAUUUUACGAUAUGAGAGAGAAUUUUAAAGAUUUGAUCUUCAGAUUUUGGUGGUAUCAGAGUACAGUAUGAUAAGUUCCGAGCCUUGUGCAUUUGUG